AUGGCUCUCAGGCACUUUUUGGGCCUGACCCUGCUGUGCCAUGGCGUCAUUGCCGGGCUGCUGGGCCCAGCGACGACAGAGCGCAGGCAGGCCGUGGCCGAGCGCUCUGUCCCGCGGAAGCUGCACGGCAGGUUCCUGCAUAUCACCGAUAUCCAUCCGGAUGAGUUCUACAAGGUGCAUUCGUCCACCGACGAAGACAGCGCUUGUCAUCGCGGCAUAGGGCCUGCUGGCCCUUACGGCGCCGAGACUUCGGAUUGCGACACACCCUUCUCUCUUGUGAACGCGACCUUUGACUGGAUUGCAGCAAACCUGAAGGACGAAAUUGAUUUUGUGGUUUGGACCGGCGAUAGCGCCCGCCAUGAUCGCGACGAAGAGCUUCCGCGCAGCCAGGACCAGGUGCUGGGCACCAACACUUGGAUUGCUGACAAAUUUGCCGCUCUCUUUGCUCGUCCAGAUGGUUACGGAAUGACGGUACCCGUCGUGCCAACCUUCGGAAACAACGACAUUCUCCCGCACAACAUCAUGCUGCCAGGUCCAAACAGGUGGCUCCAGCAGUACACGCACAUCUGGCGCCACUUCAUCCCCGAGGAGCAGCGCCACAGCUUCGAGUUUGGCGGCUGGUUCUACGUCGAGGUUAUCCCGAACAAGCUCGCCGUCUUCAGCCUGAAUACCCUGUACUUCUUCGACCGCAAUGCCGGCGUCGACGGGUGUGCGGCACCCUCGGAGCCGGGCUACAAGCAAUUAGAAUGGCUGCGCGUGCAGCUGCAGUUCAUCCGCGAGCGUGGCAUGAAAGCCAUUCUGAUAGGGCAUGUGCCCCCGGCCCGGACAGAAAGCAAGCGCCUGUGGGACGAGACGUGCUGGCAGAAGUAUUCACUCUGGAUGCAUCAGUUCCGCGACGUUGUCGUCGCUGGCCUGUAUGGGCACAUGAACAUCGACCACUUUCUGAUUGGCGACUCGAACGAUAUCAAUCUUGCUGCCUUGUCAGGCUCGGCAGCGGAGUCUGGUAUCCGUGACGCAAUGGAGGACGAGUUGACGCUUCAAUCGGCAUCCGACUAUCUGCUAGAGUUGCGCAAUGACUGGGCAAAGCUAACGCCGCCCCCCACUUUCUCAGAGGAGCUGGAUGGGAUUGACCGAGACGGGCGGAGGGGCGGGGGGAAGAAGCGCAAGCACCGGUGGGGAGAGAGAUAUCACCUUUCCUUAAUCAGCCCAAGCGUCGUCCCGAACUAUUUUCCAACGCUACGAGUGAUGGAGUACAACAUCACUGGGCUCGAAAACGUGCCUCUUUGGAAGGAUACGCCUAAAACGACGGCCACGGACGUUUUUGACGAUAACAGGAACUCUCAGAAGCAUAUCGACCUCCGCCAUGUGUCUUCCGAAACUGAAUCCGGAACCCGGUCUGACGCUGAAACCACCAAGAAGCACCACAACAAGAAGAAGCAGAAAAAGCCACACAAUGACCCGAACCUGAUCAUCCCCGAGCCGCCGUCCAAAUCCUCUCCGCCGGGCCCGGCUUAUUCGCCCCAACCGCUUACCUUGACAGGGUACACGCAGUAUUAUGCUAAUCUGACGCGCAUCAACAACCUAAAUCUCACCGCUUCUGCCGGUGCAGAAACGAACUCCGGGUCUUCGUUCUUGGAUAACUUGAUGCCCGAUUGGCUACUUCGCUGGCGAAAUGGAAAACACGCCGGGAAGAAACCCGUGGCCAAACUGCCGCAGCCGAGAGAGUUCACGUUCGAGGUCGAGUACAACACCUUCGAGGACAAAAUCUACAAGCUGGGAGAUUUGACGGUGAAUAGCUUUGUUGAGCUGGCGGUGAGGAUGGGGAAGCCCUCUGCUAGUAAGCAGAGGAGUGAGACGGGAGUUGUAGUGGAUGAGGAUGGAGACAACGACUAUGGGGAGGAGGACAGUGAUCAGGAGGGUGACAGUGAUGAGGGGGCCGAAACGGAACAAAAGAAGAGGAAGAAAGGCAAAAAAGGGAAGAAGGACAAGAAGAGGAAACAGAACAGGACUUGGCUGCAUUUCUUGAAUCACGCGUUUGUAGGCACGUUGGAGAAGAAGGAGUUGAAGAAGCUGCUUGAUUAA